CUCACUUUCACUUUCAGUUCGAAGCUCGAUCGGUUCGUUUCUAAAGUUAAAGUGUUGCCUGGAAAGUAAGGAAAACACGGAGAUAUAGCCGCUGUGAUUUGACCAGACCAUGUCCCAGGAAAUAGCUGUGAUCGCUUCAGGGCCACCGAUGACCACCGAAGCUCCCUUAGACUUUGCUGGCGGCCCCUCAACCUCAACCCACUCCAGUAGUGAUGUUGGUGAUGGUGCCGCCUCCUCCUCAUCCGUGGCCAUCAUCGAGCGGGAGUACGUGAUCCAGCCAAACACAAUCAUCGAACUGGUGGACCUCUAUGUGCCGCCCGUGCGCACCGAGUUCCGCAUCCCAACCUUCCAGCCACCGGCAGAGGUGCCGGCCUUGAACCGCGACGGCGCCGCCGCCCAAGGGAUUCGAGGUCGCCGGCGGGGCAGGCCUCCGCUAGGGAGCAGGCCCAGUGGUGUUUCCGUCCGGAAACCCUAUAAGCGCCGAAGCAGGCAGGAGUCGCCGCCGCCACUGCCGCCAGUGCCCAACUAUCUGUCGCAUGUGAUCAAUCCGCUGGAGAACGAGAUCUAUCCCAAGGUGAUUGUGCAGCCUGCCUGCCAGCCCUAUGUGAUGCCCAAGAAUCUAAGCAAGAAUCCACCGGCAGCUCCUUUAGCUCCUUCAGUUCCUUUAACUCCCUUAGCUCCUCCCAUCAAGCCCCAGCUUAGGGACACCGCCAAGGAGGCCGCCCAGCUGCGCGCAAACCUGAAACUCUUUGGACCGAAUGUGACCAUCAGUCAGGUGACCUGUCACGGCCAGACGCGCUUUCUGGCCAUCCAGAAGAAGCCCAAUGGCGAGCAGCGCAAGAUUCUCUUCAGUGCCGGCCAACUGCAGGCCUUUGUGGCCAGCUGCAGGGCAACCCUGAUGUUUAAUCGUGGUGGUGGCGUUUCCUGGCCAAAGCUGUUGCCACCCAGCGUGACUCGUCUCCGACCAGGGCCAGCACCCCGGCGUUUGAUCGAGCCGCCGGUACCGCAGCCGCCAAUGCCGCCGCCGCCGCCGCCGGUGCAGCCGCCAAGGGUCAUUGUGGAGCCACCGCCCAAUUUUCGGCUGCCCACCAUGGCGGCUCUGCGGGCAGCCGCCCUAAAUGCACGUCAAGCGGGAGGAGCCGGAGGAGGAGGAGGUGGUACAGCGGCAGGUCCUUUGUCACUGGGCGAACGUGUGGGCUUUGAAGUGGGCGUAGAAGUGGGAGUGGGCGGAAAGCCGGUGGUACGUCCCACGCAACUUGUGGUAAAGGUUCCAGCAGAUGUUUGGGUGAAGCCCAAGGUUGAGCAAAAGAAACCAGCAGCUGUCAGGGAGGCGGCAGUGGUUGCAGCUCCAGCUUCAGCUCCAGCACGGGCACCAGCAUCAUCCACAUCGACUCUGGCACAGGCUUUGCCUUCUGUCCAGGCUUUACCUCCUCGCGAGACUUUGCCUUCACUGCAGACUUCGAAUCCUUUCCAGACUUUGCCUCCUGCCAAGGCAAUGCCACCGUCACUGCCUCGUCCAACUCCUCUAGAAUUGUCCCGCUCGAGGGUGCCCUCGAUCCUCACCCGCAAGUCCCAGCUGCGUCUGCUCAACCAGAGGGCCAAGAGAGCAGCCGAAAGGGAGGUGGAAGAAGCCAAGAAGCUCCGCCAGGAUCACAAGGAGAAUUAUCUUUUGAACAUUUUAAAACACAAAAUCCAAAAGCCAUAUUUACACUCCACUUGA